CUGUCCGGACAGGUUGUGUCGCGUCGCCCGGCGAUCCACUCCCUCGCUCGCUCGCGGCCCGCGCUUCGGGCGGAAGCUGUGCGGUGGACUGUCAGUGGCCGCCUCGCGGCUCGAAAUGUAAUCAUAAAGGAAAUAUUUGGCAAAUAUGUACAUGGCUCGGAAAUAAGCUAAUGUUGUCAAGAAACGAGUUGAUUCGAAUACAGAUCAGCCAGUGGCCAUGGGCUGCAGUUUCUUUGGAACUUCUGAGGCACAGAUCUGAGUAAAUGUUCCGAACACUGACCAAUUUCUCGACAGGAAAUCGAAGAUGCAAAGACUAUGUCGGAUAUGACUUUAUCAGCUUCAAAAGGGCGGCUGAUCAGCAGAUGUCGUCAGCGUCGAAGCGGAGGGGCGGCUGCUGACUCCGCGUCCGAGUGAAGAGGAAGGCCAGCGGUCAGCAGCGGCGACUCUCCGACCGUGGGAGCCUUUGUCAGAAUCUCACCGCAGUGCAGCUGUGGAUUGUGAUUUGUCAACCCAUCUGUAAAGACAACCAAUGGGAGGCUUUGGAGUCUGGAUGUACUUGCUCCUUUUUUGUUCUGUCUACGGGGUCUCGGCGCUGCAGAUCACGAGCAUCUUCGUGCCGCGGACGGCGCGCAGCGGAGACACCGUGCGCCUCACGUGCAACUUCGAGCUGAACGGCGACGAACUCUACUCGCUCGCCUGGUGGAAGGACGACAAGAUGUUCUACACGUUCAUCUCCAAGAACGAGCCGCCCAAGGCCGUCUACAACGCCCCGGGCAUCACCGUGGACCACGAAGCGUCGGGUCUGUACGAGGUGAUCCUCUCGCACGUCGACCACCGCGCCUCCGGGAAGUUGCGCUGCGAGGUGGUGGCCGACUAUCCGAGCUUCGAGCAGGACACCAUGGACGCCAACAUGACGGUCAUAGAGGAGCCCCUCAAGGGACCCAGCAUCACGGGCAACGAGAACCGCAGUGCCUACCGCGUCGGUGACCUCCUGCUGCUAAACUGCUCGUCCACCUUCUCGUACCCGCCCACCACGCUCAGCUGGGACAUCGACGGCCACAAGGUGUCACAGGAGACGGUCGUGGUGUACCCCGGCGAGGUGGACGCGGAAGGGCGCGAGACGUCCAAGUCGGGGCUGCAGAUGCGGCUGCGGCGGGAGCACUUCCGGCAGGGCGUGCUAGUGCUGCGCUGCAUCUCCACCAUCCUGCACAUGUACCGGCGCUCCGCCCAGACGACCAUCAUCGACGCGGACCACAUCCAGAGCUCCCCGCGGGAGAGCGCCUCCACCGCCGGUGCCGGCUCCCCCUCGCUCCUCCGGGUCCUGCUGUUACUGCUGCUGCUUCUGAGUCUGCUGGGCACCUGAGGGCCCUUCGCCACGCGACGGAAAUGCAGAAAUGAGUGUCAGUGUUGUAUCUGUGUGAAUGUUGGUGUCGUGGCGGCGUCCGAGUGCAGUGCCUCGCGAGCGGCCCGGGCUUCGGUCUCGCGUCGCAAGAGGCAGCUUCGUUCCCACUCAACUCGAUGUUAUGUUAUUGCAUACUUGGAUGUCAUCAUUUAAAGAUUCAUUGGUGUAACUGCUCCUGAAAUAAUGUUUUGAGAAUAAACUUUAAGUAAAAUAAAGACGUGACUCUG